AUGAGCAACGAAGCCAAUAAGACGACCGAGGCUGCCAGCGAUCUCAACCCAAACGGCUUCAUCACUGACCGCGAGCUCGACGGUGAGCGACGUUCCAUCCGCCACUAUAAUGAUGGGCGAAUAUCAAGGCGCGGUAGUAGUGUUGAGGCUAGCCUCCGAACAAAGAUGCACAGGCACUCCACAGGUACCGAAGGUCGCGCCUGGCUUCCAACCUCCCACCCCGGAGACCUGAGCGGUCGAUCUACUCCAGUUGGUGGUGCCUCUGGUCCAUCUGAUAUCGCUGACAUCACUGCUGCCAUGGCCAAGCUCACCGUUGAUCAUCCCACUAGCCCUAAGGUAAAGAGACUCAGCAAGAAGUUGAACCUCGAUGCCGAUCCGGGGAUUGAGACUGUGACUCUGCGAAAGGUCACGCCUUCAUCUACGGCUAGUAUGACUUCCUCUACGUGCAGCACGCACAGUAAGAGUUCUGUCAAUGCUAGGAUAGCGGAAAUUGAAGAUCGAGUAAGGAAGCACAUCAAGACACGGCUCCAGUUUAUAGAGGAGGAAGAUGAACAGUAA